AUUCAAAUUCCUUGCAGUGAGCUGUUGGCCAGUUCUACUUUUCCUUGUCUUGCCCAGUCCAAAAUGGCAAUUGAUUAGUUUUACACAAACACAAGUCUCUCUAUUCUUAUGUCAAUCCAAACACCAACAAAUAAAAUAUAACAGUGUUCUGCUCCCCAUACAAGGGUUUACAUUGCAGUUUGAUUUUUAAUGAUUAAGUAGUCCGUAGCCAUGAUGCGAUACGCUGUCUUGGGUGUUGGCUUAGGCUCAAAUCAAAUUUUAUUUUGUUCACACUACAAUACUUACUUUUAUGAAUUUUCAUUUCAUGGGGAAUUUAUAAUUACCUUUCUAACAAUGGUAAAAACACUUUGGGGGAAAGGAAGGCCAAAGAGAGGUGCUAUAUCCCUUCGACAAGCCACAAUACCAAAACCCAGAUGCAGCAUGCGAAGGUCACGAUUUGCUUAUCACAGUCACCGUUACUGUCAUUUGCAUCUUCUCUACUGACUGAAAAAAAUAAUGUCAUCACAGCAUGCGUUCAGCCACUGAGUGCUGCCUACUUGGCUUGUCAGAGAAGAAGCGGCAGGACGGAAGAUUUUUUUUAAAAAGAUAAAGAAAGGAAAAAGAACACAUACUGUCCAAGGGAGUAAAACAUCGAGAGGAGGAAGGAGCACAGUACAGUGUCAGUUUGUGUUGUUUCCAGCAGUGAGGUAGGAGGAGAGGAUAAACAGGAGGAGGAGGAAGGGGUGCUUCCUCUUCAGUCUGGGCUGAGCUGCUGAUGUAUCCCAGUAGCCCCUGCCUAUGGCAGCAGGAGACCUUAGUAUAAAAAGCAACAAGCCCAGGGAAGCCUCCAAAGUGUUUCUCAGCUGCAGCAUGACCAGGACCAAGAGCCUGAGAGUGUGGACCUAACAAAACAAUGCCAAGCUUAAUUGUCGACCCACCCUCACAGCACUUCAUUAUGGACAGAGAUGACAGGAAGCGAAACAAGAACAUCGGAAAGAACUUUAUGUGCCGGCUCCAGUGCAUGUUCUCACACUCAUCAAGUUCUGAGAGGCUAACUUUAGAAGAUACCCAACAAUGGUCACAGUCUUUGGAAAGGCUUCUGGAUUCUAAAUACGGAUUAGCUGCUUUUCGCAACUUUCUGAAAUCUGAAUACAGCGAUGAGAAUAUUGAGUUUUGGCUCACCUGUGAGGACUACAAGAAGAUCAAGUCUUCAUUCCGAAUGGCGUCAAAAGCCAAGAAAAUUUAUGAACAAUUUAUCAAAGCUGAAUCUCCUAAAGAGAUCAACAUUGAUUAUCACACUCGAGAGCAGAUCAAAAGAAGCAUCAAGAGUCCCACCAUAUACUGUUUUGAUGAUGCUCAGAAAAUCGUUUAUGGGUUGAUGGAAAGAGACUCGUACCCACGGUUUCUACGCUCAGACAUUUACAGAACUCUCCUCGAAAACCUUUCUGCUGAUGCCACAAAAGGAUGAAAGCAACAACACACCAAUGGACAUACAACUCAUGACUGGAAUGCUGGACUCUAUUCAGCAGGGAGGACUGAUAUAGUCGAAAGGAAGAUGGUCAAUAAGCAUGCCUCAGACAAAAAAGGAAGCAUUGAAGUCGUCACUGGGCCCUCAACUCUGCCCUGGUCCAGUCAUGAAAGGAUUCCCACACGGAGCACUAUGCACCUAUUGAAUGUGAAAGGAGACAACUAAAUAACCACACCACCAGUCCUAAUGAAAAUGUAGUAUGUGAUUUGUUGGGAUCCCACUGAGUCGUUGAUGCUUUUGGCUAAAACGCAGUGACUGACACAUGCUCUGGUCAAUGAGCUAAGAACAACACACACACACACACACACACCUGUGACGUGCAGUGAGGUUCAUGAUUGGUGAGGCACUGACUAUAGUCACGUGACGUCUGGAGCUCUAUGAAGCACAAUUCAACACUGCCACAUGAUGGUUGUGGCACCGUACAUACCAGACUCCACUGUGCACUUUUAGUGCCUUUUCUGGUUGAUAAGAAAGACUAAAUGUCACACACUUUCAUUAAAUAUAUUAGACAGUCUGUUAAACGUCAGUAGGUGCAGUACAUGUGUGAUAAAAUGUAUAUUAUUGGCGAUACAAUGAGGAAACACCAAUGUCUCUUGUGUGAAGCCAUCGAUCAAUCACUGCCUGCCUGAAUGGAUGUGUGCGUGGUCUCUUGAAGCAUGGGAGUGAUGACUGAACGUGGCUCGUAGCUUUGCGUCCUAUGCAUUUGAACAGGAAAUAUGAAACUUCAGCUAUUUUAAUGAUGAAAUCAUUGAAAUUAUUGAAUUGAAAAAGAAAAUCAAUGUAAAGCACGGACCAUAAAACUAAAAUGAAACAAUUGAAUGUAAUCAUAAGUUUUUUUUUUACUAUUCCCAUGCAGUGGAAAGGAAAGGCCACCAGGGGGCAGUGAGGCUCUGCCUCACUUGCCUACCCUGACCGCACGUCACUGACACACACACACACACACACACACACACACAAAGACCGGACCUCAACUCCCCUUGUUUGCAAAGAUGGUUCCUUUGGAGCUAAGGAUUAAGCAUGCAACACAGAAGGCACACUCACCUAAUCAUGUGUGUAUUGGAGAGUAUUUACUUUGUGCAGUUUGAAAUCCUUCUAUCCUCUUGAUGAGAUGACAUGAUAUCCAAAGCAUGGAGGAUGUGGAGGAUGGUUUUGUCUGUGAUACACACCCACCAUCAUUCUUUGAAGACACAAAUUCCCAUUUAUAGACAAUCAAAGGGUUGUUUUGUCAUUGUUGCAAUUCACCAAACCUUACGUGUUCAGCUCGUAUUGACAAUAUUGAUGCUGCUAUUCGUUUGCUCCGUGAAAUGUGUUCAUUGAAAUACAAGACUGUUGAAUGACAGAGCUAUGGGUCAUAUCAUGAGUACUCAUAUGUCCUCAUUUUUCGGUCAGGUUUUGAAAUGUCAGUCGAUGUCUGUACAGUUGGUCAUUUUGCACUUAUGAAGACAUAGUUAUGCAAUUGUUACAUUUCACUAUUUAUGUGACACUUUAACUUACAUUUGAGUGGAAUCAGAAUUAAAUGUUGCACAACAGCAACUAAGGCAACUUUCCUUUUAAAAACAGUGACUUUCAUAUAUGCUGACUACACAGGCCAUAAUAGAAGUCUAGGAUUACUUUUUGCAGCACAGAAAUGUCAACGCUCAUGAUUUAAUGUAUUAACAUUGCAUGUUACACGGUUAAAAUGCAAUUUAGAUAAAGAUUAAAGCAUGCUGUUAAAAUUCUAAUAAUUUAAAAUGUAAAUUUAGGAGGUAAAUAUGAGUUAAACAUUAUAUUAUUUAUUUCAAUUCACUCAAUAACAUACUGUAGUGUUGCUUUUUAAACGGUAAUGAUAGAAGUAGAUUAAAUUAUUUAAAUUGCCAUCUUCAUCAAAAUGAAGUCGAUUAUACUAACCCUUUUGUUUGUCUUUUGUUAUUUAUUAUUAUCAGGAAUGUGUGUGUGAGCUGUGAUAUUCCCAUGGCCCAUACAGGGUGGCAACACAAUUCUAAUGAUCUCAUUGGAAUGCCUGCACUACAAAAUAAAUGUUAGGUGUGCACAUUUACUGUAUCUGUUAUAUGUUCCACUGUAUAAGUAACAGACAUUGUUAUGGAACAGUUGCUCGCAAGACUUUAUAAUCCAUCUUUCUUGUUGACAUGGUAUCUAAUAAGAUAUAUUUGGAUGUACAAUAUAACUACAGAAAAAACCUCAACAUAAUUAUUGUCAAGCCUGCAGAACUUCACUCACCAAAAACCAUUUGCCAAAAAAGCACAGUGAAGCAUUUAAGUUCUCAUAGUUCUUGAAAUGUCCAUUAGUACUGUGCUGGGACAAAUAUAUUUUGUAUGAAGCCCAGUCAAUUGUGAAUCAUAAUCCAGUGGUGUCUUGUGAUACAAGUUUAAUUCAUUCUGUGACCAUGCUCUUACCUCAAAUCAAUCUCAAAACAUAUUUCCCUCUUAAAAUAAAUGGAGCGGCACGGUGAGCGACUGCUUAGCCUCACCGUUCUGAGGACCAGGGUUCAAAUCUGGCCUCGUCUGUGUGGAGUUUUUGUGUUCUCCACGUGCCAGCGUGGGGUUUUCUCCGGCGACUCCGGUUUCCUCCCACAUCCUAAAAACAUGCAUGGUAGGUUAUUUGAAGACUCUAAAUUGCCCGGUGUGAAUGUGAGUGCAAAUGUUGCUUGUUUAUAUGUGUGCCCUGCGAUUGGCUGGCGACUAGCUCAGUGUGUACCCUGCAUCUCGCCCAGGAUAGGGUCCAGCACGUCUGCGACUCUCGUGAGGAUAAGCGGUACUGAAAAUGAAGCAAUGAAUGAAUAAAUGAAUGGAAAUGCAAUUCAGCUGUUCCAGUCCGCCAAAAAGACCACAAUUUUUUAAAAACGGUAUAUAAAAAAAAGACAAGUAGCAGUGUAUUGUAAAAUAUAGUAAUAUAAACUAAUAAAAUCAUAAAAGACAAUGUAAAAAUUUAACUGGUUUUAUGAGGUGUAAUCAUGUAUUUUCUGGUUGUCAGUCUAUCACAGGGCAACCAUUUAAGUUGGAACUGAGCCCAGUGAGUCUACACAGGUCAAGUCAGGUGAAUGAACAACUCUGCUAUAUGUAAUUAUAUUAAUUAUAUUCAGGCAGGGCGGCACGGUGGCCGACUGGUUGGAGCGUCAGCCUCACAGUUCUGAGGACCCGGGUUCAGUCCCCGGCCCCGCCUGUGUGGAGUUUGCAUGUUCUCCCCGUGCCUGCGUGGGUUUUCUCCGGGCACUCCGGUUUCCUCCCACAUCCCAAAAACAUGCAUUAAUUGGAGACUCUAAAUUGCCCGUAGGCAUGACUGUGAGUGCGAAUGGUUGCUUGUUCCUAUGUGCCCUGCGAUUGGCUGGCAACCAGUUCAGGGUGUACCCCGCCUCCUGCCCAAUGACAGCUGGGAUAGGCUCCAGCACGCCCGCGACCCUAGUGAGGAGAAGCGGCUCAGAAAAUGGAUGGAUGGAUGGAUAUUCAGGCAGCACAGUGGAACGUGGUUAGCUCAUUAGCCUCAAAGUCAGUUGCAGUUUCUGGUAUGUGCGAUAUGGGGCGGCAUUUCUUGGAGGGGUGGUAAGGGGCCCCACCGCAAAAAAAAAAAAAAAUAUAUAUAUAUAUAAAUAAAUAAAUAAAAAGAUAUGUGAAUGGGUGGCACGGUUAGAGCGUCAGCCUCACAGCGCUGAGGACCUGGGUUCAAUCCACGGCCCCGCCUGUGUGGAGUUUGCAUGUUCUCCCCGUGCCUGCGUGGGUUUUCUCCGGGCACUCCGGUUUCCUCCCACAUCCCAAAAACAUGCAUUAAUUGGAGACUCUAAAUUGCCCGUAGGUGUGACUGUGAGUGCAAAUGGUUGUUUGUUUGUAUGUGCCCUGCGAUUGGCUGGCAACCAGUUUAGGGUGUACCCUGCCUCCUGCCCAAUGACAGCUGGGAU